AUUAUUGCGUUUAUUCGCCUCCCAAUCCCUAAUCUCGUCUGCUUCAGCUAUAUCUUCCUCCCUCGUCUACUGCCUCCAAAUCGCUUCCCGUCUAGCAAUCGCCUCGUUUGGCCGCGAUUGAUUAUAGCGUGUAAAAAAGAUGCCUCGGACGGUAUCUCGAUCUCCUUAUAGGAGAAGACGCUCUCCAUCUCCUCGAUACAGCAGGAGGAGGAGCAGAAGAGAACGCAGUCGAUCCCCUUAUUCGUAUAGAAGAAGUCGCUCUCCUUCUCCUUCUCCGAGAUGGCGAAAGAGUCGCUCCCCGAGCCCUCAGAGAAGAGCAAGUCGAUCUCCCCUACCAAGAAGACACAAAAGGCAGAGGAGUAGGAGCAUAUUGAAUUCACCUAUACACAAGUCUGAAAGCCCUAGUCUUGAUUUGCAUGAAAGGCAAAGACUGGAAGAGGAGAAGAAACGGCGACAAAAGGAAGCAGAAUUGAACCUUAUAGGAGAAGAAACUGCUAUGCGGAUUGAGGAAGCUAUCAAUAAGAAGGUCGAGGAGUCUCUAAAUUCUGAGGAGAUCAAACAGGAAAUACAAAGACGAAUCGAAGAAGGCCAUAAAAAGUUGCUUGUUGAGGUUGCUGCUCAACUUGAGAAAGAAAAGGAAGAAGCUCUUGUUGAGGCAAGAGAGAAAGCAGAACGAGAGCGAAGGGAGAGGGAGGAGUUGGAGAAGAUGCUCGAGGAAAACCAAAGAAAAGUGGAGGAGUCUCAAAGGAGAGAAGCUUUGGAGCAGCAGCAAAAAGAGCUGGAGCGGUAUCUCGAGCUGGAGCGAAUACAGAGAGAAAAGGAAGAAGCGAUGCGGAGAAAGAAGAUGGAGGAGGAAGAAGAAAAGGCAAAUCAGAUGAAGCUAUUAGGCAAGAACAAGUCUCGACCUAAGUUAUCCUUUGCAUUCGGAGUGAAAUGAAAGAAUAGAGGAUGUUGCACUGUUGUCUCCUGUUAGUCUGCAACCUGUGCUACUUACCAAGUUCUUUUUUGGUGCUGUGUUCAAUUUGUGGAUGAAUCAAAAUUUUCAAUUGCAUAUUCUUCUUCUGCUAAAA